AUGGUCUUAAAAAGCCCUGUUACUCCCCAGUCCACACAAUUAUUAGCCCAACUGGUCCCAUACCCAGCAGGUCCCACGUCCAGCUGGUCCCAUACCCAGCAGGUCCCACGUCCAGCUGGUCCCACACCCAGCAGGUCCCACGUCCAGCUGGUCCCACGUCCAGCAGGUCCCACGUCCAGCAGGUCCCACGUCCAGCUGGUCCCACGUCCAGCUGGUCCCACGUCCAGAUGGCCCCACGUCCAGCAUGCCCCACCGUCCAGCUGGUCCCACGCCAAGCAAGUCCCACGUCCAGCAGGUCCCACGUCCAGCAGGUCCCACGUCCAGCUGGUCCCAUACCCAGCAGGUCCCACGUCCAGCAGGUACCACGUCCAGCUGGUCCCCAUGCCCAGCAGGGUCCCACGUCCAGCACGGCAGGUCCCACGUCCAGCAGGUCCACGCCCAGCAGGAACCAUACCCAGCAGGUGGUGCCACGUCCAGCAGGUCCCACGUCCAGCAGGUCACGUCACGUCCAGCAGGUCCCACAUCCAGUUGGUCCCCAGCAGGUCCCACUUCCUGCUGGUCCACACGGCAGGUCCACGCCCAGCAGGUGCCACGUCCAGCAGGUCCCACGCCCAGCAGGUACCAUGCCCAGCAGGUCCCGUCCUUGGGUCCCACGUCCAGCAGGUCCCAUACCCAGCAGGUCUCAUACCAAGGAAGUCCCACAUCCAGCUGGUCCCACUUUCUGCUGGUCCCACGCCCAGCAGGUCCCACGCCCAGCAGGUCCCACUUCCUGCUGGUCCCAUACCCAGCAAGUCCCACAUUCAACUGGUUCCAUACCCAGCAGGUCCCACUUCCUGCUGGUCCCACGCCCAGCAGGUUCCACGCCCAGCAGGUGCCACGUCCAGCAGGUCCCACGCCCAGCAGGUACCAUACCCAGCAGGUCCCACGUCCAGCAGGUCCCACGUCCAGCAGGUCCCAUACCCAGCAGGUCCCAUACCCAGCAAGUCCCACAUCCAGCUGGUCCCACGCCCAGCAGGUCCCACGCCCAGCAGGUCCCACGCCCAGCAGGUCCCACUUCCUGCUGGUCCCAUACCCAGCAAGCCCCACAUCCAGCUGGUCCCAUACCCAGCUGGUCCCACUUCCUGCUGGUCCCACGCCCAGCAGGUCCCACGCCCAGCAGGUCCCACGUCCAGCUGA